AUGGAAAACGUAAAUUUCAGUGAUAAAGUUGAAACUUAUUUUUCGGAAUUGGGUCGAUGGAAAGUGUGGCGCUGUAUAGUAUUGGGUCAAGUGUUGUCUCUUUUGUUAAGUGGUAAAUGUAUUCUUACCACCCUCCUACAAAGUGCAACCUGGCAAUUUCCUACCACUGGCCAGCUCAUUGUACCCUAUUUAAUUCUUUUUAUCUUGUUCACACCAUCUUUAUUGUGUAGUGGACCUAAAAAAAUAUUUAGAAAAUGGUGGCUAGUGUUAAUAGCCUGUGCAUUAGAUGUGGAAGCUAGCUGGCUCCUAGUACUAUCGCAGCGCUUCACCUCAGUACUUAGCUGACAGCUGCUAGCAUGUAGCGGGGUCGGAGCUGCAUUAGUUGGAGGGGCUUGGAGGGGUCAGAGGUUGGGUGUCGCUCAUGUUGCCGGAGCUACAUUAGGUCUUAUGGCCGUCGUGUGUGUCGUCUGGGCCGAUGUGGAGGGAGCUCCCACCGAUGGUAAAAAUCAACUAGUAGGCGACAUGCUCUGCUUAGGAGGUUCGCUCCUCUAUGCAAUAGUGACCGUGCUUCAAGAGAUAAUGCUCAAAACGCACUCGUGCGCAGAUUACCUAGCUCUCCUAGGUUUUAUAGGCAGUGUCCUAUCUUGCUCACAAACAUUUUUCUUAGAAUUCGGUGAACUAUUGACGUUCAACUGGUAUGAGAUUGAAACAAUAGUGCAGCUGGGAAGUUACUGCGGUGUUCAGACAAUAUUUCAGAUAUUACAAAGCUUCAUGCUGAGAGACGCCGGCUCCAUUAUACUGCAUCUGUCGUUCCUCUCUGCGGAUUAUUAUACUCUUAUCGCUGGAAUGUACAUAUUUCAGUUUAAGUUCCACGCGCUGUACUCGCUGUCGUACCUGCUGGCGCUGGUGGGCGUGUUCCUGUUCAGCGCCCGCCCCACCGGCGCCCCGCCCCCGCCCGCCCUGCCGCAGCUCGUCAGCGACUCCGUGCACUCGCAGGACAAUGUUUCUAUGGAAUUCACAGUGCCUACACUGGACUGUAUUCCGCUUUCCGAAGGACUCGAACCCCCGAUGAGCAGAGACACAACAUUUACAUCAUUUCUCGGAGGACAAACAAACAUGUCCAACAUUCCUAACGGUAACAUAACCGUUGGACACACAAAUGGCAUCAAUACAAAGGAACCAAUUCAAAACUAG